UGGUAGAGGAUCCAAACACAGCCUCUUAUAGUGUCCAUCUUUAGCCCUGCGAUAAAUUUGCUAUGAAGAUUCAAAAUGAGAAACAUUCAAGCUAUCGCGCGUGCACCUGGCGACAGCUGGAGGACAGGAGACACAAGAUGUCUUAGUUAGGUAAGGUAGGUAUGUAAGUAGGUAGGCAGAUAAUUAGUCUUAUCAUACAAUAUCUUCCCAGCUUUCAUGGCUGUCGAGUCGGAUCUCAUCUUCUCGCCGCAAGCAAACCACAAUUUCUCGCGCAUUUUGACAGACCUCAAAAGGUCGAAUCUGUCCAUAUCUAACCGCCUGCGCUCUAUCAGAGAAGAUGCAGACUUCGUCAACGAGGUUGCCCACGCAUACAACCGUCCUCUUAUCGCCAACGAGAGGUGCGGCAGUUGGUACAUAGCGCCGGAGAAGAAGGCUGGGUCCGCGUACUUCAAGAGCACCGACGGGCAUACAGGGCAGUGGAAUUUCAGCUCUAGGCGGCUCAAUCUCCACCUCCUUUCCAUCAUCGGACAACAUGAUGGGUGCAUCAUCGUCGACUCAACGAGGCGGGGCAAGCAAAUGCCCGACGCCCUAAGUAAGACUGUCCCGAUAUGGUGCUGUGUCCUCAACCGGGUUUUAUUUCCCGCGGCCGAGGAACGCCACCAGCUCUACACGCCGCCAAAUGUCGUCUCGCGCUCCGAGCACUCCCAGGCCGAAGCCAGGAUCUUGGAGCACGUCGCGGCGCUAAAGGCGCUCAGCAUUGACAUUACGGCCAUGCGGCAGCACAUACAAAAGCCAUUGCGGCCGAUGUGGGUGACACAGGAAUCGCAACUCAUUCCCACGAGCCACAUUUUCGAUGAUUUCCACCCCGUGAUCUGCUGUACUAGCUCUCGCCGGGUGCCCGGGGGUGAGAUGAGCGAAGGCGGAUAUAUCCAAGGCGCGGGCGACGACACCGAGAACUGGGCUCUCGGGCUGACCGCGCCCCUUUUCUGGAACAAUGCGGCCAUCCUCCUCGCCACGCCUGAGUCUGGCCUGCCCGAUCUUGUACGAUCGCUCACGGCGAACCAGUCGGUUGACCCAGCUGUGAACACCCCUAUUCAGGUCGCGCCCCAUCUAUUCGUCAGCCGACUGCCCCUGCCUGGCCGAGUGUCACCCUGCUGCACCAUCACCUUUCUCCCAAAGACCACUGACCAAAGCUCGUGGAUAAAAGGCCCGGCGCUAAUGGAAGUGGGCAUCGGCAAGCAGAAGCUCGCAAGCCGCCAUUUGCGCGUCGCGCUGGCGGGUAUAUGCGAUUUCGUCGACGCAUACUUGAAGAGAGAAACAGGGGGCUCCGUUCCCGCUUCCGCGCAGAAGCAGAUCUUGGUUGCUUGCGAAACGGGCAAGGAUCUGUCGAUAGGGGUUGUCCUUGCGCUUGUGUGCCGGUUCUUCGACGACGAGGGGAGAUAUAAGCCUUGGACCCCGAAUUCGUCGGGAGCCAACAAGAGCAUGAUCAAAACGAAGCUGGGCCGUAUAAUGCUAGCGUUUCCCGAGGCAAAUCCUAGUCGGACGACAUUACAGAGUGUGAAUAGCUACCUCAUGGGCUAGAUGCCCGGCAAAUAUUGGAUAUAUAUUCAAUCGCAAAAUCGCUGUUGUAGAGAGAACUGAUGGCAAGCAUGUUGUAUAC